AUGCCGCCUUCCCCUGCAAUGAGAUACUCUCUGGGGAAAGAGGCGAGAGGAGAUGGUCGUAAGCGGAGGCACAGUCUUGAAAGUGGAAUACUUCUCCGGGGGAAAGAUGACGAUCUUGCUUUGUUCAAUGAAAUGCAGACUAGAGAAAGAGACAGUUUUUUGCUUCAGUCUUCAGAUGACUUGGAAGAUUCAUUCGCUACAAGGUUGAGACAUUUAUCAGAUGUCAAUGUUGGAAUCUCCAUUCCUAGUCAGCGAGGAACUAGUGACUUGCUUAAUAUAGAUGGUGACAAUGAUGACUAUAACUGGUUAUUGACACCACUGGAUACGCCACUGUUUCCUUCAAUGGAUGAAGAUCCACCAUUUACUAAUGUUACAAGCAGAGGAAGGCGGAGUAAAUCCAUUUCCAUAUCAAAAUCUUCUACUAUGGAGAAAAGUUGUAGAAGCAGUAGGGGCAGUGCAAGUCCAAAUCGUUUAAGUCCAUCUCCUCGUUCGGGAACUAAUACAUCGCAAGCAGGAGGAAGGCCUUCAUCAUUGCCAAAUUACAGUCCAACUUCCUCAAGUUUACGAUAUGCUACUCCUACAAGAAGAUCAUCUCCACCUCCAAAUAAGACCUACAAGAAUCUUACAGGGGGAGGAUGCUGA